UUAGUAAAUAAAGAUUUGUUACUAAAAGUUUGUCUUGUUUUCGAACGUGUUAGCAUUUUUAGCUUCGCACUUUGCGAAAUGAAGGAAUAAAUAAAUAUUGUUUGGUGUGUUUUUGAGAUAGAAGUUCUAUUGCAAUGUCAUUUUUGUACUUAAAUAAAACUCUUCGCGUCAUUCUUGUGAUGUAAAUAUUUAUAAAAAACUCAGUGUAAACUUUAAGUUCUGGGAUAACCUCUGAUAAGUUUUAACAAUAUGAACCCGCAAGUUUGUACGAAUUGCCGCAAUGAAAAGCCUGUAAAUGCGACUGAUAACCGGCUGGUAACUGAGAGUUGUGGUCAUGUGAAAUGUAUGGACUGUUUACUGCAUGAGAAGACUGGGUGCCAAGCUUGCCUUAGGGAGAAAUCGAGCCAUAAAUUUGAAGAAACUUUGAACGAAAGUUUAGACGAAGAAUUUGCGGAGGAUAGUCCACCGCCUGGGUCUGACAAGUGUUAUGAUGAACUGGAUAAGGAGUUACAGUGUGAAGUCUAUGAUGAGUUCUACAAUAAAAAGAAAUUGGAAACGUCACACAUUAAAGUGGAAACUGAUGCAAAUGGAAAAAUGUUUGUUUGUACGGUGUGCAAGAAGAAAUUCCAUGCUCGUAGUCAAGUGGCAUACCAUGCAUACUGCAAUGGACAGCGGAAACCAUACCAAUGCCCAGAAUGCAACAAGACGUUCGCAAUAAUGUCGCAUUACAAGUACCAUAUGCGUGUACACCGCAAUGAGCGCACGUACUCAUGUGACGUUUGUGGCGAAGGAUUCUUCCAGAUGUCCAAGUUGCAGAGACAUAAGCUGAAGCAUACUAAGGAAAAGAAGUUUGCGUGCAACCAAUGCAACAAGGCGUUCAACAACCUCUCGUCUUUACGUAAACAUGGCCUCACGCACACUGACGAGCGCCCGUAUUCGUGCCCGACUUGCGGGACACGGUUCCGAGAUAGUUCCAAUCUGAGGAAACAUAUGCGGAAACACGAAAGGAAGUGCGCUUGCGGGGGAUGGGGCGGGUGCGUGCGCGCGGGCUGCCCGGGCGCGGCGGGGCGCAGCGCCUCGCGCCGCUCCUUCCAGUGCCCGCGCUGUCCGCGAGCUUUCCACUCCGGGAAGGACAUGCGACGACACGCCGCCGUCCAUACAGAUUCCAAACCCUUCCGCUGCAAAGUGUGUAGCCGCCGCUUCAGAAGGAAAGAUAACCUCGAGCGCCAUAUCCGCAACACGCACCCGGAGUACGUGCCUGCAACUGCUGUGGAUUGCGACGAGACCAUCCUUAAGCAGAUUCAAGCCAACGGACAAACUAAACUUGAUGACUACCAAAAGGACGAGAAGACAAAACUGGAGAUCAUGAACCCACUUCCACCUCUACCAGAGGAACUGAUGCAAAAACAUAUGCAUGAGAGCGACAAGACCCAGGCGAAAGCUGACGAAGAGAAUACGAUAGAUACGUCGUACAUUUUGGUCGCUAACAACGCAAGGCAAAGUGUGAUCGUUGGCAAUAAAACAGCUAACGUCGAAAAAGCCGCAGCUAAUUCCCCCGAGCAAUGCGAAUAUGUUCACAAAAUCAGAAAAGCUUCAAUAAUACCUUUACCGCCGAUUGAUGUGCGGAAGAUGAUAGAACUGGAGGAACAAACUAAUUUAAAUAACUUGGAUCUGGGUGCUCCACCUAAAGACAAGAAGACUUUGUACGAGAAGAUUUUGUAUGGGGACAGAGAUAAGAAAGACAGUGAGGAACCAAGUGUCGAUUCGGGCCCUGAAGUGCACUGGAGAAGGAAGUUGAAACAAUCUGUUUCUAUAGAUAUAUAAUGAAGGCUGAGUUGAAGCAGGGUUGGCGGGAAAAGCAGUUAUUAUGGUAGUAUACAAUCAAUUUUAUAUGUAUUUAAUGCAUAUUAAGAUGAUAUUUUAGGAUCAAAAGUACAUUUUUAUUACUUUGUUCUUUUCAUGUUCUUCCAUAGCAUUUUUUAUUCCUUUUUAUUUUCGUGGUAGUGUACGCUAUUGUCAAAUGAUUAUGUUCUGUAGGGCAAGCAGUCAAUGUUACUAAUACUAGGUUAUAAGUGCGUCCAAGACGCGUUAGGUUAGGCUAGGUAACACUACAAUUCAUAUUAUUUGCUAAAAUUACGAAAUUAUCCAUUUAUUAUAUGAUAUCAGAUUUUAACAAGUUAUACGAAAUGUUUUUUAAGUAUAUUGAAAUUAUUAUGAAUUUCUAUUUUCCGGUAGAGGACCAAUAAAUAUUGUUUUUUUCUUUAUUUUUGAUCUCUAUAGUUUGGUUUUAACAAUGAAUUGUUUUUAAAGGAAAUGUUGGGAAUGAUAUCGAGGGGCAAGAGACUGAUUGUAACGUGGGUAGAAAGGAAGAUUAUUUACAUUUUUUACUUGAAAUUGAGUAUUGCAUAUAAAGCAACUGCAAAAUCUUUGAACUAUACUUUUUAAUCGUAAUAACUUGUGCAAUGAAAUUCUAUUUUAACGAUAUCAUUACAAAAUGCUCAUAUUGGUCUACCAAAAACUAUAUUAUGUAUGUGAUAAAAAUCUGUUAUUUAGAGUCUGGAACUUUGAACAAAAUAUAAAUAAAUGAAAUAUAUAAUAUUAGUUUUUAAAAUGUCGACUGAAGAUCAUGAUCUCUGAUGUAAGUUGAUCUCACGUAUUUUAAGUUGAUGUUUAACAUUUAUUGUCAGGUAUCAUGUUGCAUAAACUCGUUCACUUUCCCCUAUGUACCAAUACGAAUAAUAAAAAAAAAAGAAUAAACAAUCAUGGCGGCUUCGAUUUUACCGCCAAAAAGUUAAAACGAAUUAAAACUUGAAAGAUUCUGUCUAUAAUCUGUUGUAAUAAUAAUCUAAACGAAACUAAGGUUGUGAUGUAUGUUUUGUACAUACUUUUCACUAGCAAUAAUAGAUGAAUAACAGAAUAACAUUUAUUUAUCGGAGAAUACGGUAGUUUCUAACUAGUCAAAUCCAAAAGGCAAAAACAAUAAUUUUAUAUGAAAUAGCACACUGUAACAUUAUCUUGAUUUAUAUUAAAAAUGUAAAGGUAUACCGUAAUUAUUAAAUAAUUAUUAAUUAUUGAACGUAUAAUAAAUUUAAAAUGUUUUUUAAGGUCAUUUUUUUUUCUGUGGAAACUACCCAAUUAAGUCAUUGUUUAGUUAAUACUCAAUUUUCAUGUGUGUUAUGCAUUUUAUAGGUACAUUUCCGUAUUGUUAUUUGGUAUAGAAUCCAAUUUCAUGUUUUGGUGUUUUCAGACAAUCAUAUUAAUCAAGCCUGUGAUCAACUAUUGUAUACUGCAGGAAGGUUCCCUUAAAAUAAAUUAAUGUUAAAUUGUGUAAAAAUGUGUAGCUAGAUAGGCAAUAAGUGAACGAGCCGCAUUACCAAUACCAGAGUGUAAUAACGAGCCGAUUAGUCAUUCAUUGAUAUAAAACUGAUCGUCAUUGUAACAUGGAAUGCGUAUUUUAUACUAUCCGUAUUUGUAUUUUGCUACAUUUUAUAUAAAUAUUUGUACUUUACGUGAAUUUAG